AUGGCAACACUGAGGAACCUGAAGAUCAAGACGUCGACGUGCAAGAGGAUCGUGAAGGAGCUGCGCUCGUACGAGAAGGAGGUGGAGAAGGAGGCGGCCAAGACCGCCGACAUGAAGGAGAAGGGUGCCGAUCCCUACGAUCUCAAACAGCAGGAGAAUGUUUUAGCUGAGUCAAGGAUGAUGGUCCCAGACUGCCACAAGCGACUUGAAACUGCACUGGCUGACUUGAAAGCAACACUGGCUGAACUGAAGGAGUCAAAUGAGCAAGGUGCUGAGAUUGCAGAAGCUGAGAGUACAAUCGCAGAGGUUGAAGCAGUUGUCAAGCCAACAGAAGAUUAG